CAACAGUUAGCUAGCCCAAUAAAUAUUUCAUAAGUACUUAAUUGGUGUUUUGAUACUUCAAUUGUGAUAUUUUUAUUUUAAUUAUAGUUUAAUACUUAAUUUAAAAUUUUAUCUAUAUUAUAAAUAGACGAUAACCAUAAAUUUGCAACAAAAAUAUUGUUGGUUCGAAUAUUUCAUAUCGAAUUAUAGUAUUGAAUAUGUAGAAGCGAUAUAGAAUUCUUAAAUUAUCAUUAAUUUUCAGAACUAUAGUGAAACAAUCAUAUCUUUGUGCGAACUAUAGGGGAUUGGUUCUCUGAACAUUUUUGUCCGGUUAAAUACUAAGUUUGAAACUCUUCCUAGGGGUGUGCGUGGGUCGGUUCGUUUGGGUUUAGAUAUUUUAAUCACCUAAAUCAUAUACCACGAUUUUGAAAACACUGUCACGACCCGAAAUGUCGUGAUCGUGUUGAUCGUCUGAAGAACGCUGCCAUCUGGUUGUCUUGCCAUGAGAAGGGUAAAGGGGGCGACAUUAGCGAUGAGGCGUUGUCUGCCUGUGCAUCGCAUCUGGCCGAGUCAGGAUGUGGCUAUGAAAGGGAUCGUUGCAAGAGAAGGCACAACUGGUCGGAGGCUAUUGACGUCUCCCUGAUGAGCCCAAGGCAGGGCGAAACCAGUUGGCAUGCGUAUGCAGAGAGGCUGGUCUUGAGGAAUGAGUGCACCUCAAGACGCCGCACGGACUUCGGAAGUCUAUGUCCGUGACAAGUGGUAUCAGAGCCUGGUUAGGCUGAAGAGUCUAGUUCCUCUCUCAGUACGGCAUAAGUCGUGUAUGGGCCGACCCUAUGCCCGAAUGAGAGGCGGUCCUAGGUGUGCAUAUCAGGCGGUCCGGACGCAGAUACACAUGUGUUGCGCCAUUGUGGAGGACCUUGACAGGCUGAAGAUGCAGCGGCCGAGAAUGCCGUUCAACCGAGGAACUAACGCUAGAGAGAGCGUAGGGUGAAGGUCGAUUGAGGUACAAACGCUGGGAGUAGCAUAUGGUGAAGGUUGACUGAGGUAAUAGCGCAGCAGAAGCAAAGAGUGAAGGUUGAUGUCGAGGGGGGAAGCGGUAUGUGCGCGGGGCACAAUAGGCUAGCGCGAGAACACGAGCGGAGCCUGUCCAUCAGAGGAUGGUAUCGUAUGCGGAUGCCCACAGUCGGUUCGAGAGUUGCAAUACAUGCUGCGGAGAGAAGCAUUCUUCACCAGCACGAGGACGUGCUGCAUUAUGAGUGGUGGAGAAUGUCACAACCCGAAAUGUCGUGAUCGUGUUGAUCGUCUAAAGAACGCUUCCAUCUGGUUGUCUUGCCAUGAGAAGGGUAAAGGGGGCGACAUUAGCGAUAAGGCGUUGUCUGCCUGUGCAUCGCAUCUGGCCGAGUCAGGAUGUGGCUAUGAAAGGGAUCGUUGCAAGAGAAGGCACAACUGGUCGGAGGCUAUUGCCGUCUCCCUGAUGAGCCCAAGGCAGGGCGAAACCAGUUGGCAUGCGUAUGCAGAGAGGCUGGUCUUGAGGAAUGAGUGCACCUCAAGACGCCGCACGGACUUCGGAAGUCUAUGACCGUGACAAGCAAAAUGAAACACCCUAACCCGGCCGUGUACUACUUUUAUUAAAAUGCCCUUGAUAAAUAAAAUACUCAAAUCUUAAAUUGCAACGGGAAUGAUUUUCACAAAUAAAAUAUAUUGAAAACACACACUUGUAGCUCAAACCAAAGCCCUAACACGUGGGCAAAUUAAACUCAAACUUUAAAAUCUCAAUCUGAUCUCAAAAUAAUCUCCAGUCUGUACUCAUAAUCAUAAAUGUAAUUAACUGAUAAUCUCUGAAGUUGUUGCUACUGAAAACCUUGACUAAGCAUCCUCCAUGACGCUUAUACUGCUCUCCUCUAGUUGGCUGCCCUCGAACUCGCUGCUCACUAAUUGCUCAUCUAGCUCCUCAAACUAGUGAGUGAGAUGGGGUCAAUCUACGCCCUUACGUUUUAAUACUUCUAAUACUUGAGUACUUUACUUAAACACUUAACUUUAACUAAUGGAAGUUGUUUGUACUUCCAAAUAUUAAAAUCUUAACUCUUAAACUUUGAGGGAGUUGAAGUUACUCUCCUCUCUUUAAGCUCAAAUCUCGACUUAAAUACUUGACUGACACGGGGAUCCCUCACUAGCUAGUCCGGUUACCAACUCAUACGUAUGAGAAGCCAUCCAGGCUUUCCUUAAACAUAAACUUAGUUAGGGAAGUCGUAACGAUUCAUCCCCCUAACAUCUUAAACUUAUCGUGGUGGCUCUUCACCACGAUUCUCAAGGGCAUAACUGCUGCCCAUCUUAAAAGUCUCAAGAGCAUAAAUGCUGCUCUAUCUAAAAAUCUCAAAUGGCAACGGACUGGCGCUAGUGACUAAAAACAUUUAAAACGACUUCACCUCCUUGAAGGCGAGUUACUUCUUUAAAAAGAACUUGACUCUUAACUUUAACGAUAACUUAUAACAACACGCUCUAAGGUAAAUGGCACAAAAUCACCUCAAAUCAUAGCUCAGGCAAGGCACAAAUAAUCAAUCACACACAAAAUCAAACAACGGUAACCAAUUCUCUAAAAUACUUAAAGGAAUACGUAAGGCGUAGAAUUUACCCCCUUUACACUCACCUUAUUAUCUGGCAUCCCGAUAUCCAUUCCUUCACCUGCUACCGAAUUAUUUCUUUGCACAGCACACAUGUACGUACCCAUCUCAUUUCGGAGAAGUCGAUGCAUUAUCCUCUCGUUCGGCGGCUGAGCAGUUCCAUUCAGCCUAGCUCGAGACUUUUCCACUAUUGAACGAAACUCUUCCUUCCAAGGUGACAAUGGCACCUGGAAAUCCCCAACUGCUCGAGACUUCGUCCCAAACUGCCCGUUGCGCUAGCCUCUCGCAUUUUUUUUUCUCAAUUUCCAUCCGCAACUCCUUAAUUUCUGGAGUCUACUUGGGCUAGAGCAACCAAUCGGACCUGGGCACCUUUGCAUCUACUUUUCCAGAACCGAAUUGAAGGGGUCGAUCUGGCCGCUUCUUCUUCACAAUAUCGCGCGGCUUCCUUCCUCCAUGUCUCUUCCCAAAAAAAAUUUGAUCAUGCUUCCUCCCUCUCUCUCCCUAUCACAAUCAAUUGCAAGCGGCGGA